AUGGAGCUGCGAUCCGAAGAUGCCAGCAGGCCGAGGCAGUACAGACAGCCAGGAGGGCGCUGGGUGGAGCAAGGCACAAUAGCCAAGCUCAGCCUCCUGUGUAUGGAAGACCGCUUUAGGAACAACUCCUCCAGGGUGGCUUUGCCGCCGUCGAUUUACAGCGAGAACGUCGCGCCCUACCUGAGCUUCAACGGACCCGUCCCAGACCAGCUCUACGUAAUUGGCGGCAGGGACAGCAAUCAGGAGCCUCUUAAUGUCGUUGAGAUGUUCGAUUCAUGGAAUGGCAGGUGGAUUACUUGCCCACCCAUGCUGGCGAGACGAGCAGGUUGCGCAGCAGCGCCCUUGCCAAGCGGCUGCUUCUUCGUAUGCGGAGGCUACGAUGAGCAGGGCAUUGUGCGCGGCGUGCUGGAUAGCUGCGAGGUCUUUGAUCCAGUGAGUCAGGAGUGGAGCGACACAGGUGCAGCCUUGUUGCGCGCACGGUGGGGCCACGGCUGUUCAGUGCUGGGCUCCUCCGUCAUCGCUGUGGGGGGAUGUGCCCUCCUCGCCGGCUCCCUCAUUGCCGAGGAGUUGAUGGAGACCUUGCGCAGUUGCGAGGCCUACGACUCCCUCACCAACCAGUGGCGACCCGCUCCUAGCCUCAAUGUGGCCCGCGCAGGAGCGAGGGUGGUGACCAUUGCGGGCGGGAAGCUGGCGGCCGUUGGUGGCUGUGACGACGUGUUUGGCCGCGCGGAGAUGUUGGCCACCGUGGAGAUCUUGAAUCAGGGGAGCGAUCACUGGGACCUGCUGGACACGCAGUUAGGCGUGCCCAGGACGACAGCCGCGGCCGUGGCAUUGGAUGCAGAGAGGAUUCUAGUAAUGGGAGGUGCACCGUCGCUGUCCUCGGCGGAGGUGUACCAUGUGCAGAAGCGCAGUCCGGACCACAGCUCCUGCCACAUGGAGGGGCUUCAGAUCGGAGAUAUGGCCGAAGGCCGUAUGGGCUGUCAGGCAGUGGCAAUGCGGCUUCCUGCCCCUGGCCGGACAUUCCCCACAUGCACUCGGCAGUGCGUGGUGGUGGUCGGCGGGGAGAACGGCGAUGAGGACUGGUCAGAGGAUGAAUCUACGUCCUCUUUGGCCCGGCAGUUCAGCACCGUCCUCGUUUUCGACGCGGAAGAAGGCGCCUGGCGACCGACGGAUGCUUUCCCACAGCUACCGACACCGCGCACCGCCAUGGCUUUGUGCGUGUCGCCGGGGACUGUGGCUGGCUAUGGCUGGUAG